AUCUCUAUUUCUCGACUUCUGUGUAAUGCAGCCUGCCAUCCCCUCUGUCCUGCCUCGCUUCUUGACAUCGGGGAACUGGGACGUCACCUCGCUCAGCGCCCUCGAUGAGAAAUCUGGAAAGAUCUAUUUCCUGAGCAAAGAAGAAUCCAGACACAGCAGACACCUUUACAGUGUGAACCUGGAUGGAGUCUUUCACCGCCAAUGCAUUUCCUGCAAUCUGAUCAAUGGAUGCAGCUUCUUCAAAGCAGAAUUCAGCCCUAAUCAAACCCACUUCAUUCUGUACUGCCUGGGCCCAGGAAUCCCAAAAGUGACAGUUCACAUCACAAAGAACCCCUCCAGAUACAUCGUGUUGGAGGACAACACACCUCUGUCUGAAGCCCUGCAAGACAAGACACUCCCUGAAACUAUUUUCAGGACUCUGUCAGCAGACAACCACGAUUUGAACCUGAAACUUUCUCUACCUCGAGGCUAUGAAGCCAAUCUGCAACCCCUCCUGCUCAUAGUAGACGGCAUUCCAGGUAGUCAGUCGGUGACUGAGGAAUUUGUCCUCGACUGGCCUCAAGUUCUCUGCGGCACACAUAACGUUGCCUUGGCUUGGGUGGAUGGCAGGAGUGGAGUCGGCCGUGGACAGAAGACCAGCGAUGUGGACCCGCGCAAGCUUGGCUCACUUCGAGUCAAAGAUUAUCUGGGAGUGAUGGAGUGGCUGAUGCAACAGCCUUACAUUGAUGAUCGUCGCCUCGCCCUUUAUGGCAAGGCAUUUGGUGGUUAUUUAAGUCUCAAGAUGUUAGCUGCGACAGAUAAGCUCUUUCAGUGCACAGCAGCUGUGGCACCAAUAACGGAUUUCAGACUUUAUAGUGCUGCUUUCUCAGAAAGGUACCUGGGCCUUCCAGCAAAGGAGGAGCAUGCUUACUCUACUGCUUCUUUGCUGGAGGAGGUUAACAAGCUGAGAGACGAGAACCUUCUUAUUGUACAUGGAACCGCAGAUGCGCGGGUGCACUUCCAGCACAGCGCUGAACUCCUGAGUCGACUGGUGAAGGUGGAAGCCAAUUACUCCCUGCAGCUGUACCCCGAUGAGGGCCACGUCUUGAGAGAGCCGCGGAGCAUCCAGCACUUCCAACGGACAGUGGUGAACUACCUCCACACCUGCCUGAAGCACAGCCUGCUUCUAGACACUGCAGAGGAGCAAGAGGAGGAAGAUGACUAAGCUCAGAGUAUCCCUCCUCUUCCUCCGGAGGGAUACUCUUCUGACUGUACAUCAUCUUAUGCAUUCAGUCGGAUUAGCAGGCACAAGAGCACAGGAAUGGGGACCAAACAGAUCACCUGCAAAUUCCACAAAAAA